AGUACAUUAACACUAAUUAAACCUUAGCUAGCUUCUUCUUCCUCUAGGGUUGGCAGGGAACAUAUAAUAACUUCUCUUAUAAGUUACUAAUAAAUUCAAAUUAAAAAAAAAAAAAAAAAAAAAGUUAUUGGGCGUAGUAGGUAGUAGUGUUAUUUUAUUCUGACUAUUACGGCUACUAAUAUAUGAAUUAAUUAAAUUAUCUUAAUCAAAAAUCUAAUUGAAAAAUAAACAUGCAUCAUGCAUGCAUCAGUCAAUUUUAGUGUGUGUGUGUAUAAAUUGUGAAUCGGACAAAUGAGAAAGAGCCACAUUUUGCCUAGCUAACUUGUCAUUAUAAUUUCUUUGUUUAGACAUCAAAAUCAUUAUUAUCUAAGCUAAUUAACCCUCUCAUUAUAUUUUUGCUUUAAGCUAUGGCCUUAUUAUUAUUACCUCCUCCUCAUGCUUUCUUCAAACCCUUCUUUCUCCUAUGUCUUUUACUGUCGAUUAACUCAUGGAAAUCAAUCGCAGAGAACGGCCCAAAGUACAUGUACUAUCCUUUCAUCAAAGAGGCUAGUGCGUUUGCUACACCAUCAACACCAUAUGGAGGCUCAUACUCAUCGUCUCCAUACGGUGGGAAAUCGAGUUAUGAUUACAUUAUAGUAGGGGGUGGCACGGCGGGGUGUCCCUUGGCGGCCACCUUGUCACAACACUAUAAUGUACUAUUAUUGGAAAGAGGAGGGGUGCCCUUUGACAAGUUUAAUGUGAGCUUUAUGGAGAAUUUUCACAUAUCAUUGGCUGAUACUUCACCGAGCUCGGCCACCCAACAGUUUACAUCUACGGAUGGAGUUAUGAAUGCUAGGGCUAGAGUCCUUGGUGGUGGAACUUGCAUCAAUGCUGGAUACUACUCUAGGGCUAGCCCAAGCUUUGUGAAGAAGGCUGGAUGGGAUCCGGACCUAGUAAAUGAAGCAUACCCUUGGGUUGAGAACCAAAUUGUGCAUGCGCCAAAGCUUGCGCCAUGGCAAGCGGCAGUGAAGGAUGCUCUUCUAGAGGUUGGAGUGUCACCAUUCAAUGGAUUCACCUUUGAUCACAAGUACGGAACCAAGAUUAGUGGCUCGAUUUUCGACCAAGAAGGUCGCCGUCACUCCGCUGCUGAACUCUUGGCUUCAGCUGACCCUGAAAACCUCGACCUCUACAUCCAUGCUACCGUCCAUAAGAUCAAAUUUGAUACUAACGGAGAAAAGCCGAGGGCGGUAGGGGUGAUCUUCAAGGAUGAAAAUGGAGAACAACAUGAAGCAUACCUAUCAGAAAGAGAAGGAAGUGAGAUAAUAUUAUCAAGUGGGGCAAUUGGGAGCCCUCAAUUGCUUCUUCUAAGUGGUAUUGGACCCAAGGAGGAUCUCAUUAACAAGAAAAUUUCUGUUGUACUUGACAACCAGUUUGUAGGAAGAGAUGUGCAAGACAAUCCUCUCAACACCAUAUUCGUCCCUUUUAAGAAGCAUUUGCAACAGUCUUUGCUUCAAACUGCCGGGAUAACCAAGUUCGGUGUGUAUUUCGAAGCUAGUAAUGGGUUCGGUCAGGCCAGUAAUAGCAUCAAGAGACACAAUGGUCUUGUCUCUGCUGAGAUUGGACAGCUCUCAACAAUUUCUCCAGAGGAGAGAACAGAAGAGGCAAUCCAAGCCUACAGAGAUGUGAAACAAGACUUACCCUUUGAGGCCUUCAUGGGCGGGUUUAUCCUAGGAAAGGUAGCAAAACCCAUCUCCACAGGUGUUCUGAAGCUUAACACCACAAACAUCGACGAUAAUCCUACAGUCACCUACAAUUACUUCAGCCACCCACAGGAUUUGAGAAAAUGUGUUAAAAGCAUACAAAUGAUAGAGAAGAUAGUCAAAUCCAAACGCCUCGCUAAAUACAUAAACAAUGACAAUCUAACCAUGGAGAAGUUGCUGAAUAUGAGUGUUCAGGCUAAUGUUAACCUCAUCCCUAAGCACACCAAUGACAUUCAGUCCUUACAGCAGUUCUGUAAAGACACUGUGGUCACCAUGUGGCAUUACCAUGGAGGCUGCCACAUGGGCAAGGUGGUAGGACCUGAUUAUCGAGUUCUUGGGGUUGAUAGCCUUCGCGUAAUUGAUGGGUCCACCUUCAAUGAAUCCCCAGGAACCAAUCCUCAAGCAACUGUGAUGAUGAUGGGAAGGUACAUGGGAGUGAAGAUCCUGACGGAAAGACUUGGCGAAGGAGCUAAUGUAUAGAAUUGUGUCAAUAAGUACUAAAAUUGACCUCUGGAUACACUUUGAGUGAAAGAUCUCCAGCAGUCCUGUAUUUCUUGUUUUAAAUUAUUUUUUUUCUUUUUCAUAAUUUCCCUCAUAUAUCAUAUAGAGAUUUCUUUAGUCCUGAGUCCUUUAUAAUAUAUCUCUACUUUGCAUCAACUCUUUCUUUAGUUUCUAAGUAUACGUACUGGCUAGU